AUGGAGACAGUCCGGAACAUCCAGAAUCCAAUAUCGCCCGCGAUGCUCCAGCCGUCUAAAUGGUUGUCUCUUUACGAAGACUUUGUGACCAAGAAUGCCAGCUCCGUUGGACAAGUCGAGUCCGCCCUGAGAUCAUUGACCUACAUCAUCCCUGGUCGCUAUCGUGAAUCAGAAGUCGCUUCAGAAUGUGUGCACUCCGGAGUACAGCUUUUAUCACUCUACCAUGAUUCCCUGGUUUCCAAAGUCAUCUCCAGACUCCCAUCUAAUAUCCCUCGACCGCCGCCGACUCCCCAUACUCGAUAUACCAAAUACUGGACUGAGCGGUCCUCGCUAUACCGGCGCGUGGCUGUCGCGCUUCAGAUGCUUCAAUACACAGAGCUCCUCUGGGAGAUGUCAGCACGGCGCCGAGGACAAAAGACCCGUUGGCGCAUCGUUGUUUUCAUCGAGUUUGCGAAGGCAGUCUGUCGUCUGCUUCUUAUGCGGUUAACUAAUUCCCGCCCGCUGCGAGAGGUCGAUCCACGGACAACAGAAGAAGAAGAUAAGGGCGACUGGAAUGGCAUGGAAACGCCUACUAGUGAACGCUCAUCUGAUAUAAGCUGGACGAUGCCUCGUACGGGAUUAUCUCUUCCAUCUCUUCCAGAUGUGAAUGACGUGUCCAACUACCUUAUCUCGAAGGUCCUCACUGCAGAUGAUAUUAAGCCUCCCAAGACCCUACUGCACCGCGUCAGUGGUCAGGGUCAAUUGGCGGAGGUUCUCUACAUUCUCAGACCUGUUGUUUAUGCUAUGGCGAUGCAGCGGUGGAGCGGAGAUAAGCGCAGUUGGCGACCUUGGCUAAUUGGCUUUGGCAUGGAGUAUGGCUGUCGCCAACUCGCCAAGCGCGAUUUCCGGGAGCGUGUUGCUGGUGGACUCCGUGGUCUUACGGGUCUUGAGCGUGAGGAGUUGAGGAAGCGGGGAUGGUCGAUGGGCUGGUGGUUGAUGCGGGGCGCUUUCUAUGAGAAUAUCACCAAGUCAUGGCUGCACAGUCUAACAAAUAAGAUGAAGGGCAAGCCAUUGCUUGACUUGGUUGGUAGUGUAGUUGAAGACUACGAAUACCUGUGGGACAACUACUACUACUCGACCGCUACAUUAUGA